AUGAUAUACGCAAUUGUAGAUUACGAGGACAAAUAUGUUCAGCCACUUCUACGCGCAGCCUUCAAGUCUCUACUGCCAGACCGCCUGACUCUCAUCAACGAUAUUUCCGAAUUGCCCAACAAGACAGACAAGCUCAUCCAAUGGCGGCAAUACGAAAGCAUCGACUUCGACCACCUCAUCAGCCAUCCUUCUAGCAGCCUCUGCAACAGCUAUGUCAUCAGGAAAGCCCUCAUCAGGAAGCACUACCUAGCUUCGACAGCGUCACACUGGCUGUCCAAACAUCCCGACAGUCCGCUCAAGGAUCACAUCCAGCCAAGCGUUGAGUUCGAAGUCGACUACGCAGAGUUCCUUGACGACGCUCUUGUCGAAGCAUACGAGCUGAAGGAAAGCUGGGCGAGGAAUGAGGCGAUCGAGGAGGGCGAUGAAACCUCCCAAGAAUGGUGGAUCCUCAAACCUGGCAUGAGUGAUCGAGGCCAGGGUAUUCGAUUGUUCUCUUCGGAGGAAGAGUUAACGGAAAUCUUCGAAGACUGGGAUCCUGCUUCCGACGAUGAGGAAGAGGACACGACGUCUCAAACGGGCGAUGAUCUCUCAGAGAAGCACGACGACGCAGGUGUCAUGGCCUCGCAACUCAGACAUUUCGUUGCGCAGCCUUACAUCAUGCGGCCUUUGCUGCUUCCUGAAUCUCACCCUUCUGCUGGUCGCAAGUUUCACAUCCGGACAUAUGUCCUGGCUGUGGGUGCUUUGAAGGUAUUCGUCUACAAGCCGAUGCUGGCUUUAUUCGCGGGAGAGCCGUAUGCUGGACCAACCGGGUCUGGAUCGCCCAACGAGAAUCUUUCCAGUCAUUUGACGAACACAUGUCUUCAGAGUGGGGAGAGGGAGGGCAGCGUGCAUGCCUUCUGGUCGUUGCCAGCUGAAGUGGCAAGCCUCGAUAAUGCAGACUGGAAGGACGAUGUCUUUAAGCAGAUUUGCAGGGUCACCGGCGAGAUCUUUGAGGCCGCAGCUCGAAGCAUGAGCAUACACUUUCAACCUCUACCGAAUGCUUUCGAGAUCUUUGGCUUGGACUUCUUGGUCGAUAGCAAGGGCACCGCUUGGCUGCUGGAGGUCAACGCCUUCCCGGACUUCGCGCAGACCGGUCCGGAACUUGAGGGCAUUAUCUCUGAUCUGUUUCACGAUGUCUUCAAGGUAGGUGUGUUGCCUUUCUUCGAUAAUGGUGGUGUAUCAUCUCCGGGGUCGACCGACAAUAUGGUGAAGGCAUUGGACAUCGAUCUUGGACGGCGAUGA